CCAUAAAUCCCAUAGUUCAAUUUAUGUUUACAUUAUGGAUGAUUCUAAAAAAUCUAAAAUUUUCACCUUCGGUCAACUAGAAAAGCCUGAAGAUUCUGCCUCGGAAGAAUCUCUUUCUGAUUCUUCGGAUGAUGAUUCAAUUUCGAAAAAUGAAGGUGGAGCCACUUCUUCAAAAACAAAUGAAAGCGAUCUAGAUCUUGUGAAACAAAUGCAAAAGCUUACCAACAAAAUGCUACUCGAUUCUUCUUCUACCUCAGAUUCCAACGAUUUCUUUAAAAGGAGGAUGAUGGAUUAUAAUGACAGAAGCUUUACAAAUGAUGAUUACACGAGACUUCCAUCUGAAAUAACUGAUAAGGAGUAUAUUUAUAUGCCUCCCAUUUCUGAAGAAAUCGAUGACGAUGAAGACAUGAACAUCCGUGGCAAAUGGAUGAUAUUUCCACAUGGAGAUCUGCAGAAACUAGACAGAUUCUGGUUAGCCUUGAUACCGCUAUAUAAAAAUGGAACACUGACUCGAUUAAAAUGCUCUACAGCAAUGGGAACAGAUCUUGGUGUCAUCAAUUGCUACACAGCUGACAGUGAAAAUCUGGCAGAUGUCAGGAAUGCUGCUGAUGCCAUAAGAGAAUGUGUAGAUUACGAUACACUUAUGUAUUAUAAGACAAACGAAGCAUCUGCUCGUGGUUUAUAUGCCCGGUGUGGAAGUCAGAAUAUUUCUAAGUAUAUGCAUACUGUUAACGGUUGUUUAUAUAAAAAAGAUAGAUUUGAUCGAUGGAAACUAGUGUCUAUGUAAUCAUCAAAGAAUUAUUUGCUUUACAUAGAAAAUUAAUAUGAUAUUUUUGCUUUUUUGUAUGUAAAAUAAAUAAUUCAAGGAUUGAUUUAACUCUUAUAUAUACUUAAAAUAAAAAAAAAAUGUCUCCUAAAAUCAAAAAAAUUUGGUAUAUCAUUACAUAGUUAUGUUGUGGAAUAAUAUUAAACAAAUGAAAGAAUAUUGGUUCUUAAAUUGUAAUUCAAAUCAUUCUAAAUAAUUUCUUACAUAAGUGCAUGGCUGACAUUGCAUAGGUCAUAUAAUAAGCUCAUAGGAAGUGAUACGUGUGAUGAUUAAAAUAUGAUGAUUUCCAUCAUAAGCACUGAAGCAGCUUUCAAGUAUUGUAUGAAUUUUUGUAGUUUAAAUUUAGGCUAAACACAUCUGAUAUGAAAAAAUAGCAUAAAAAGGAUUUAAAAAAAAUUCUUACUGUAGUACAGUUUUGUCUUAUAUAUUCUUCAUUAAAAAUAAUUAAAUUGAAUAUUAAAAAUAUCUUUCUCAGAAUAAGGUUUCAUAAAUUUCUUCGUCACUUAAAAAGCAGAAGUGCUUAUUUGUUUAAAUUCGCGUUCUUCCCCAUUCUUUAAUAAUGUCAUGUACAAAAUUUCAGAAUUUUAUCAUAAAAAUCUCAAAGAUAUGUUAAAAUAAAAUUGGUGAAAGGUCAAUCACAAAUUAAAAUGUAAAUGAUUACAGCUUCAGUGCAGAUGACACGACGCAGGAAUGCAUCAUAAGGAAAUAAAAUAUGCUUCAUAUCUUUUGUAUGUAAUUUCUUUAUGUAAUUCCUUAUGUAUUAUUAUUUCCUUAUGUAAUUUUUGCUUUAUGUAAUCAUUCCUUUAAGUUAUUAUUUCUGCGAAUUUUUAAUUGUUUUGAACCAAUAAAUAACAAAAUUAUUAUUUA